AUGAGUAGGUUCCUCACAGGAAUCACCAAAGAUCUAGAGGAGGAGUGUCGAGCUGCGGUGCUCCACGAUAACAUGGACCUGACAAGGUUGAUGGUGCAUGUCCAACAGAUGGAGGACAAUCAGAAGAAGAGGGGCCCCAGAUUAAAAAAGGAGCAACAGAGUUUAGGGAACUCUAAUUUCCAGAGGAGUACAACACCUAGAGGUGGCAGACACGACCCCAAGAAGCGCAAUGGAGGCGAUAUGCAGCGUCGCAGAAUGAACAAUGCUACGUGUAGUCGUGCUCACAGUGGAGAGUACAAAAAGGGUACUAAUUCCUAUUUUGGUCGUGGUAGGGGUGGGCACAUGGGUAAGGAUUGCCCACAGAACAGGGGUAAGGCUGGAGGUAAUGCUCAGCCUAGGCCUAAUCCACAGGGUGCAGCAGCAUCCGAACCACCUAAGAGGAACAUGUUCUACUCCCUGAAGGGCAGGGAGGAGCAAGAGAAGUCCACUGAUGUGGUCACAGGGUCUAUGCCUUCCUUUGUAACUCGUUUACUUGCUCUCACUUUUGAGAUAUUGCCUGAAGUUCUGCAUGAUCAUGUAGUGGUAGUACACCUUUAG